UUCUGUAUUUAGUUAAUCGAGCCUCGCCGCUGCUGGAAGAUUGUUGUCAUUUUCUGUGGCUAGCCAUUAGCGCUAGCAACCAGUUCGAUUUUGUUUCCCUUCAGCAAUCUCAUCCAGCAGGAUGUUAGUAUGGAUUGGGGUCCAUUUCUGCCGGACAGCUUGCUUUUGGAGAUUUUUCUGCAUCUGCCCCACGAUGCUGUGCUGAGAGCGGGCCUCACCUGCAAACAGUGGCAGGCAGUCUCCAAAGAUGAGUUCCUGUGGAGGGAGCUGUUCUACAGAUACUACCGGAUACCCCGCUCCGUUCCUCGACACCCUUCGGCCGUGUCGUGGUACAGGGAGUUCAAGCGUCUGUAUGACUGUAUCCCCUGUGUAGAAGUUCAGACGUUAAGAGAGCACAGUGACCAAGUUCUUCACCUGGCAUUCUCUCACAGGGGCCAUCGUUUCUCCUCCUGCUCAAAGGACUGCACAGUUAAGCUGUGGGACACGGAACGGGAAGAUGGAAACAUCUCGUUGGUGCACAGCUCCAGUAUGCGUCAGUUUAACUGGGGAUACACCCAGUUCUCCCAGUUUAACCCCGAUGAUACCCUGCUGCUCGUUUCCGGCGUCUACCUCGGCCCACACCACUCGUCUUCGGGGGAAAUUGCCGUCAUUAGUCUUGAAAAUUACACGCUGUUGUCGCGGGUCAGGAACAAACCUUACGACGUGUUUGGCUGCUGGCUGAAUGAGACGCACCUGAUCUCGGGGAACCUGCACUGGAUCGGAAACAUGACGUCCUGCUCUGUGCUCUGGCUCAACAAAGCUUUCCAGGAUAUUGAAUCUGAGAACGUCAAUGUUGUAAAGCGUCUUUUCAAGAUCCAGAACAUCAACGCCAGCACCAUCAGAACGGUGAUGGUGGCACACUGUCGCCGCCACGACAACCCGGACCUGUUGCUGGACUACGAGGCUCAGUCUCAGGCGAGGAGGCUGAAAGCUGAGCAGGACAAUCAGCAUCACCCUCUUCUGUUCGACCUGGAAACUCCCGACAGUGAAGACGAGGAGGAGGUGGAGAAUGAGGAUGAAUGUAGGAAGGAUGGAAGGAGUCACAGCUUCUCGUCUGCGCGGAUCCCCCAGUUAACAAUAUCCGGCCUGGACCAUGUUAUUCAUAGCCGUAAACAUGUGGGGGCCAGGGAGCUGCAGAUUGAGACCCAGGUUGCUCAGAUGAUGGGCAGAGCCUACACAAAGGCCCCAGACUCCAGCCUCAUCGACCCCUCUGAGCCCAGAGAGGGGGAGGAUAAAACAUACUUACUCUUCACCACUGGCAGCCUUACGUACUCCCCUCACCAGAUAGGCAUUAAGCUAAUCAAGCCCGACCAGAUGACUACGUCUGGCCCUGUCCUCGGAGAGGAGAGGAGCUCAGAGGAGUUUUUUGAUUCAUUGGACCAUGUUAUUGAUAUUCACGGCCACAUCAUUGGUAUGGGCCUUUCCCCUGACCACAGGUAUCUAUAUGUUAAUAGCCGAGCUUGGCCAAAAGGAUGUGUGAUCUCAGAUCCAAUGUCUCCGCCUCCCAUCGCCGAGGAGAUAGACAUGCACGUCAUCGACCUCAAGAGUUUGAGGGAGGAGAGGAGAAGUCUCCGGGCUCAUCGGGCUUUCACGCCUAACGACGAGUGCUUCUUUAUCUUCCUCGAUGUCAGCAGGGACUUUGUUGCAAGUGGAGCAGAGGACAAGCAUGGCUACAUCUGGGACCGUCACUACAACAUCUGCCUCGCACGACUGGCACACGAUGACGUGGUGAACUCUGUGGCGUUCAGCCCUGCCGACCAGGAGCUGCUCCUCACCGCCAGCGACGACUCCACCAUCAAGGUGUGGCGUUCUCCUCGCAUGGUCCGCCUCGCCCAGGCCUCUCCCCGGCAGCUGAGACCUUGCAGCCUUUUGUCGUCCUGGCUGCUGCGCCACAAGAACAACUCCACGUUUGCCAGCAGCGUCAACGGGAAAACCGUGAGCGAGGGCUGGAAAAAGCCUUCGGAUGGGAAGUAGAGCGGGGUAAGGACGGUAUGACGAUUUAAACACUCCAUGUGUAUGCAUCAUGUGUUCUUAAUGUUUUCGCUUGAGCUCACUUUGUUGUGACCUAAAGCUGUUAUCAGGCCCCCACAGCUCAUCAGGACACAGAGGAGAAUGCAGACACAAGGGGGCGACAUUGCACCAGCAACGAGGAGAAAUGACAGUUGGUACUGCUACUAAGGAUCUACAAAAUUAUACCAGAUGGAAAAUGCAGAGCUGACACCUAAAUGUGUGAGACAGAACUCUAUGAGAUGGAUAUUAUCACGUUUUUUAUCUGUAACGUUGCUCCUGAACAGACCGGACUCUGGACUCCUGGACCCGAGUAACAGGGACGCAGAGAUGGUACUUUUCUGAUCAUGGUUGUUCUCAUUUAGGGUCAAGUGCAGUGACUGACAAUUUUUUUUUUUUUUUCACUCAUAGAAAUCUUUAAUUGGUGUCCUGAUUCUAAAAUACUUAUAAAACAAAUCUUUGGAGAAUUAUACCACAGUUUAAAACACCAAAGGGAUAAAAAGAGCUGCAUUUUAAUGCAGUCUUCCUUAGUUCUAUCGAUGUCCCAUCAUUUAAAAAGAAUCUCUUGCUAUUGUAAUAAAUGUAGAGUUACGGAGCAGUUUAAUAUAAAGGUUGAGGAAAAGUUGGCCCAGAGCAUGACUGUAAACUAAGAGUGUUAUGUGUGUGUUUAGCUAACUGUUAUUGGAGCCAUAUAGAGUGGAAAGGUUUAUGUAAAGCUUCAACUUUAAUUUCUGGAUCUCUGAUAUGAAACAUUUUUUUUUUUGCUUUGUUCUUACUCAUGGCAGAUUUGUUUGUUGUUGUUUAGAAACUAAAUUUCUUAUUUAAACCUCCUUACUUCCCAACAGAGUGGUGCUAGCUGAACAUAUGAAAUAUUCAGAGUGAUCUUUGGUCAUUUUAGUUGCCGCUACCUGUUUUAUGACCCAACGCCCAGUUUGUCCAAAUAUUGAAUGUGUCUCUUGAACCAUGCACACAUUGGGGUGGACUAUUUAAAAAAAAAAAAAAAAAGGAAGCAAUGUUCCAUUACUUAUUUAUUAAACCUUAAUUUGUUGAUGAAUAUCAGUUAAGUUAGAUUCGUUCUUUUAAUUUGGCACAAAAGUAAACAUAAACUUUGAAUAUGCAAGUUUACUUGAGUGUUCAUAAAAACCCUGCAGUUCAUUGACUGAGGAAGAAUUAGGUUAAAACAAAAACAUCUAUGAGAUCAAUUUUGCACUAAGCUUUACUUGAAACAAGCGAUAUAAAUAAAAAAAAAAACAAUUAAGAAUUUAUCAAACCUUUUAAGUCAUUUUUUUUUAAUUUAUAUGUGAUGUUUUCUCAUUAGUUGUCCUAGCUAAAACUGACAUGAGAUCAAUGCUAAAAUCAUAUGAAUGAAGGUUCAUAGGAUAAAACUUCUUGGUGCUGCUAUGUUCAAUGUUCAGUGCCUCUGAAAAAGUAAAAGUACAUUUAAAGCAAAUUGACGGCAGUUAUAGUUCAACCUGCAGAAAUCUAAGGUACUUUUACCAGGUAGAAACUGACAUUUGCAUGUAGGUUCCCUGAUGAAAGAGGAUAUGACUGAUGAUAAAAUCCCUGUCAUUCUGUUUUUGAGAAAUCUCUGAGCAGGGCAGUUAUUUUCAAUGUUUUGAAAUGUGUGUAAUAGGUCAGAAACACCUUCUGGGUCUCUCCACAAUCUUUCUUAAUGUUCCCUUUGCCUCCAUCUUCUCUGUCGUUAUGUUUCAUGCGAUCAGCUGUUGUUUUCAUGUAGCCUUUAAAUAGAAAGCAUGUCCCACAAAGCAUUAAAUCUAAAAACCUGUCAGAUUGAUGCUUAACUGUUUGUGUCGCUCUUGAUUAAAGGUUGUGGAUAGAGAA